AUGACAAUGAAACAUUCACUUAUUGAGUGGGAUGAAGGAUGGAACUCUAUCCAGAAGAGGAUGAACAAGCUGAACAGGGUUAUAGAGGGAUUAUCUGAGACUCCAUUCGACGCAGAAGAUUUUAUGAUGCUUUACACAACUAUCUACAACAUGUGCACUCAACCACCUCCUCAUGAUUAUUGUCAACGGCUAUAUGACAAAUAUAAGGAGACAAUCGAGCAACAUAUUACUUUGAAAGGGUGGCCCUCUCUCGCAGAGAAGCAUGAAGAGUUUAUGCUGCAGGAGUUUGUCAAAAGUUGGGAAAGACAUAAAGUUCGGGUUAGGCGGAUGUCGCACUGCUUUUUUUUCCUUGCUCGCCACUUCAUCCCCAGUAGAUCACUUACUAACCUAGAAGAAGUUGGACUUAACUGCUUCCGUGAGUUAAAUCUUAGAGCGAGAGUUGCUGCAUUCAGUCUUAUUGAUAGAGAACGCAAGGGAGAGCGAAUUGACAGAGGGCUGCUGAAGAAUGUGAUGGGUAUAAUUGUUGAAAUUGGAACAAAGAAAAUGGAUGCUUACAAGGAGGACAUUGAAGCACACUUGAUAAAAAGUACUGGUGAAUACUAUUCGCGUAAAGCAUCGAGUUGGAUUGCGGAGGAAAGUUAUAUGGAUUACAUGGUGAAGGCCGAGUUAUGCUUGAGAAGGGAGAGGAAUAUAGUUUCUCAUUACUUGCAUUCAAGCAGUGAGAAGAAGCUGGUGGAGAAAGUGGAACAUGAGUUGUUUGAACCUCUUGCUAAUGCAUUUAAACAGAAAGUUAGUCUUGAAGUUAAAGCUUUGGUCCAACAGGCUACAGAUGAAGCAUCAAGUAACCAGGAUUUCAAUGGAGCUUAUGGCAUGCAGGAACAUGUCCUUGUCAGAAAUAUACUCGAGCUUCACACUAAGUACCUGGCUUUUUUCAGUGAUUGCUUGAUAAAAAACUAUAUCUUUCACCGGGCUCUGAGAGACGCUUUUGAUCUAUUUUGGAAUGGACCUGUUGCUGGUAGUUUAGGUGCUGAAUUACUAGCUGCAUUCUGUGAUAAUCUCCUUAAAAAUGAUGGGAAUGAGAAGUUGAGCGAUGAGGCCGCCGAAGACACACUUGAGAAGGUUGCUAAGCUGGUUUCUUAUAUGAGGUCCAAGGACCUUUUCAUAGAAUUCUACAAGAAAAGACUUAUUCCUCGACUUCUGUUUGAUCGGAGUUCCAACUUGGAACAUGAAAAAAGUUUUGUAACAAAUUUGAAACAGAAAUUGGGUGGAACGUUCUUGACCUCUAGGAUUGAUAAAAUGGUCGAAGAUAUGAAAUGGACUCAGGACAAUAAGACCAGCUUCUCGGAAUAUCUUCACAGUAAUCCGAAUGUAAAUCCUGGAUUGGAUUUUACCGUCACUGUUCUCACAACUGGUUUGUGGCCAAGUUAUAAACCAUUUAAUCUUAACCUUCCUGCAGAGAUGAAGAACUGCGUUGAAGCUUUUGAGGGAUUCUACGAAACAAAAACGAAAUGUAGAAAACUUAAUUGGAUUAACUCAUUGGGAACUUGCUGCAUUAAUAGCAACUUUGAGUCAAAAACCAUUGAACUAGUUGUGUCAAGCUGUCAGGCUGCUCUCCUAUUGCUUUUCAGUGAUGCAGAUAGAUUGAGCUAUUCCGAAUAUUCACUCAGUUAA